GAUGGAGACAUAUUCGAAAGUUAUUGAACAUUCUAGCCCGAGGCUGGAUUAAUUAUUUCGUUUGUUUCGUGCUAUGCUUUCCCAAAACCGUCCACGUCCCGUCGAAGCUACCACUUUCACGAAAUGAGAGCACAGAAUACACGAUUUCAACAAAUGUUGAAAAUCCGUCGAACUACGCUAGGAUUUGGUGUUGUUCAAAUCCUUUUAGGCGUCUCAUUAACUGCGUUGUCGUUUGUAGCCUUCGCCUUCACUUCAUCGAAUAGAAUACGGAAUGCUUGCCCUUACUGGGCUGGAUUCACGGUUUUUUGCAGCGGAGGUGUAGGAAUAAUUGCUUGGAAGCAUUCGUCUGUCAUGUCGAUGAGCUUGUUCACGUUCUUCUCAGCAGUAUGCGUGGUCCUGCAGAUGAUUGGCACAAUUCUGACAGGAGAUGCUGGAGAGCUGUUGAAGUCACUUGUUAUGUGUGAAAAAGGCAUCUCUGGACAGACCUGCAAAUGCUGUGACUCAAUUAUGGCAUGUAGGCAGAGUGUGGGUGUAAUAGAGUUUGAAGACGUGGAGGACUGUAGUAUCGUAACAGGCUUGCUCACUGGUUUAAUGUAUGGUCUUUGCGUUCUAACCAUUUUUGGAAGCUUGCUGUGUUUUAUUGCAACUAUACUAGGAUGUACUGCAGUUGCACGUGAAACAAGCAGAAAUCAGGGGCUUUGUGGCCGCCAUAGCUCCAGAAGGUCGCAUCCUAGAAACCAAGAGUGCUACACGUGGGCACCAUAUCCCACAGACCUGACCAUACUGCCACCAUACGCACCUCCAGUAUAUCACUCAGUUGAAAACUUUCAGGAUUAUGGCAUAUCAUCGUGUAUAGUGCCACCACCGGUGUUUGAUCCCACAGACUUGCCUCCCCCUUACUCAUCACAGAACCCAUCCAUGACAGAGUCUCAAUACUCUUUGUCUUCUCCUGAGUCUUCAAACAGUCAAACUCAUUUUACUGCUUGUCAAGAUACUGAGGUUCACUUGCAGGCUGAAAAUCAUGAUCAAGAUCUUGAAUUGCAAGCCCCUCCGUCCACCACCUGUGGUACCCCUAGUGGGGGUAUGUACCUGGAAAGUGACAGUCCUUCAUGGGACGCCCAUUCUAACUCUGCUGUGGGCAGUAUAGACCUUCUCUCAGCCAGUGGUUCAUCUGAAUUGUCAUCUAACUCUAAUGACAGAGUCUCUUCUGCUCGAGAACGCCUCCAAACAGAUAUCACUGACUCACAUGAUCACAGCAUGGUUAUAAGUAGAGCCAUUCCUUUAAAAGUACAUCGCCCAACGUGCUCUACGUCCAGAAUACAAGCCGAAUUGUCUGAACUGGUUAAAGCUUCCACAGGUUCGAGGAAGAGAACAUCGUCACUUGGAUUAAUACAAGAGGUAGCAACAAGAGACAUAGUGAAUAGCCGUCCUGUUAGGACAACCUCUGGCUCUCCCGCCAGAGGGACCACCAUCCUAUCUCUCCGUACACGGAGUAGAUCUUUGGGGGAAAGCUCCAUCUAUGUAAAUUCAUUUGAGGUUAUUAGACCUCCUCCUAACAUGCGAGUGCCAGCUGAUGAACCGCACAAGCCUUCCAGUACAGAUAGUUACUUCAACACAAGAAACUCCCAUCAUCGUUUAGGAAGAGGAACUACACACAAAGGCGAAGCGCUGAUAGCUCUGCAGGGCAGCAGACACAGUGAACAAAGGAGAGAGAGAAGUAAACAUAGGCGAAGAAGGCACGUACACAAUAUUCCUAAACACAAGGGAAAAAGGUAUCUUAACUGUGAAUUGGUAGACUCGCCACAGAAUUGUGGCCCUGAAUCGUCAGUGACACAGGGCAAGGAAACGAUAGUAUAAAUGAACACAGCGGCGGGUGAGUUUUUAUCCCGCAAUUUCCCAUCUCUUACAUUGACUGAGAAAGAAAUAAAGUCCGUCUUUUGUUGCUCUGGAA